CAAUGCACUAGCUCAUCAUUCCAGCACAAUAGAAUACACCCCAAAGAGCCGUGGGGCUCACGUCGUCAACGAGAACAUCGGCGUGGUCGGUAUCCAGGCUAAAGAGGUCCACCCGUGGAUUCAGCGGGACAUCGAGCAGGUUAAGCAAUGUAAGACAGAUGCCAUGCUGGAAGCCCUCCUGCAGCGCGCUUCUUGCGCUCCAGAGACUAAACAGCCUGAGCUCGUGCAAAAGUGCCCCAUGGAAAUUGUGCCGGUCUGCAAUGGACAGGCCUCCGCUGGAGACAUAUAUUCUUCGGGCGUCGUCCAGGAUUGGGUGAUGGCCAAGAUCUUUUGGGGGGAGGCGGAUCGCACUAGCGAGCCGGAGAUCCUCAAAAAAGUUGAGGAGAUCGCUAAGCUGCACGAUACAGUAAAAGACUAUGUUCACCAAUUCCUCUGGUACCACACGUUUACGAACCCCACGUCCGCCAUCCGAGAAGCGUUGCGCGUUCCAGAACCCAGCACGGGCAGUCACGUGCUCUACAUUCUCGCAUUCCGCAAGCUCCACCUCAUCACGAAGCUUCACGGCAAAGAGCUUUUCGACGUCUGGCGUCAGUGUAUCCCGUGUCACCUUAAUCUGUGGAAGGAAGGUGUCUAUCAUCAAGAUAUCACCCCUGGAAACUUGAUGUGGUACAGGAAAAACGGCAAACUGAUCGGUGUGCUAAACGACUACGAUCUAUCGUCGUCGGCGAAUGUAGUGGGUCCUCGGGGCAACGAGCGUACGGGCACGGUACCGUUCAUGGCGCUGGAUGUUCUCAGUGCAAAGGCUCAACGAGGCGAAGUCAAACACCUGUAUCACCAUGAUCUGGAGUCUUUUAUGCGGGUUUUUGCCCGGGUUUUCUUGCGUUACAGGCAGGGAGUCAUUCUACCACGCGGAUCGCGCCCCUUCGAUGAUUGAGCGACUUUAGACGCCAUUGCAUGUGACGAGAAGAAGUUGUUCUUUCUGGAAAACGCUUUCGAUUAUCAACCUCCGGAAUUCCCAACUUCUGAAUUGGACAUAGAUUGGUCUUUAUGGGAACUUCUUGUAGAUUGUUUUGAGGCGCUCGAUACAGCUGCCUACAAUCGCCGUAGUCGCG